GAGGGUAUCGUCGACAACGAAUGGUAAACACAAGGUGAUCUCAAAACACAUUUUCAUUCUUCCAUUAAACAGCAUUUACUUGGAAAUGUCACGGACUGGAAAAUAAGAACAGAAAUUAUGCAGGGAUUUGGUCAGUUUACAAUGCCUUGUGGAGAAAGGCUGUUUCAAUGUUUCGGGCGAAUUGCGUCAUGUAAUAAGCUUUCUCUAUAUUGCAGUUGGUUUGGAAAUACCUGACCACCAAAGUCCAUCGCGUUGAGGAAAUGCCCUGGCGACGGAAUGUGUCAACUACUGUAAUAACGGUACAGGAAUGUGUCAACUACUGUAAUAACGGUACAGGAAUGUGUCAACUACUGUAAUAACGGUACAGGAAUGUGUCAACUACUGUAAUAACGGUACAGGAUUGUGUCAACUACUGUAAUAACGGUACAGGAAUGUGUCAACUACUGUAAUAACGGUACAGGAAUGUGUCAACUACUGUAAUAACGGUACAGGAAUGUGUCAACUACUGUAAUAACGGUACAGGAAUGUGUCAACUACUGUAAUAACGGUACAGGAUUUCUUGUUCGAAUGUUAGAACAUACUUGUGAAGUUUGAUGGUGGCCUGUAAUUCUAGAAAUGGCCACUGCUACAAGUUUGUUUCGAUGUCGGAAGUGCGGGGAGUGUGUGUUUGAUUCCAGUUGUGUGGUGACUGUACACGGACAGCAACACCCUGUGUCUGAUGGAUCCACCAUGCUUCCAAUGAAUUCUUCCUGUAGAGAUGUUACCAUGGCAACUGUGUGGUACAUCACCGACGAAUCUGCUCCCGCUUGGAUACUGAAGACUGUUGAAUCAGCCUUUUGGUCCAAAGGGAAGCUACUCUGUCCAAAAUGUGGAGGUCGUCUCGGAUCAUUUGAUUUUACAAAAACGAUGAAAUGUGCCUGUGGUGAGUCUACAGCGCCACCUAUCCACAUAUCGCAGUGCCGUGUUGACCUCAGAACAUCUCCUGCUGCCAUACAGACCCUCAGUGGAAAACGUGGAGAUAAUAUUGCUGCUGAUCCAAGUAAAUAUUCUGAGAAAAAUAAACAAAUUUCCAGCAACGCUGAGGAGGGCUUCAAUCUAGAUAUAUCUACAUCUUUAGGCCAUGAAAAGACGGAAAAUAUUGACCGCAGUUAUGAUUUGAUCUUUGACCCUGACCUUGCCAGUACAGUUGACUUACGUAGCUGUUGUUCCGAAAAGACAAGUGCAGUGUCAUUUGGCAAAGCCAACCCGGACACUUUCCCUCAUGGUGCUGACAGGUCAUUCAGAGAAUCUGACCUCAAGGGUGAAAAUGGACGGUCAGUGCUUGAUGCUAAUUAUAACUCAAAACUUACUUCAGAGAGAACAGGAUCAUUUGAGAGAGGAAGAACAGACAUUGAUAUUAGUCUUCCAGAGUCAGAUGUUCAUCUGAACUUUGUACCGAAUAAAUCUAAAGCUGAUAGAAAGAGUGAGAUGAUGAAAGUAAUGGAGAACUUUUUCAAGGGAGAUAACCAGCAGAUGACAGGAAAUCAACAAGAAUCACUUGGUCAAGGUCACGACACAAUACCUGAAGGUCAAAAAUACAGGGAUUUUACUGAAGAUGGGUUUAUGACCGAGCAGUUGGAAAGUCCACAUUUCAGUGAAAGACCGCAAUUCAAGCGUCCCAGUAGGACGGAACAGCCAGAGCACCCAUGUCCAAGUACAACAAAACAGUUGGAUCGUCCCUGUCCCCGUAGGACAGAACAGCCCGAGCAACCGUUUCCGAUUACAAUGAAACAGUCAGAGCACCCACGUCCCAGUACAAUGGAACAAAUAGAUGGCCGAUGUCCCAGUACAAUGGGACAAAUAGAUGGCUCAAGUCCCAGCACAACAGGACAGUCACAGCAACACUCGUGUGAUAGUAGGACAGAGCAGUCUGAGCCCAGUAUAGGUGACGAGUCUGAUUAUUUACACUCUGAUAAUGUAGGUGGAGGUAACGGGAGAAACUCUGGUUCUCCGGAAAAUUCAAAACAAAGACGUAGAUGUAGACGAGGAAAGUGUAACAAUGUUGCAUUGUCUACUGAUACUGAUCAGGAGAAUGAAGUUGUUGACCCAGUAUAUCCCGAGGAACACCUCUGCCCACUUUGUCUUGACCUCUACUGUCAUCCAAUGAGAACCAGCCCCUGUAAUCAUGUUUUCUGUGACACCUGUCUGCGGCGCUUGGCUCAAAACAAACCAGUCAACACACCCUGUCCUCUGUGUAGGCAGGUCAUCACAAAGUGUCAUGGUGAUGAUGGUUUUGCGAAAGAACUGAAGACCCUGUAUUCAUCUCUCUACAAAAAACGACAAGCCACAGAACACAGGUUCCGAAACAACUCCUACCAUAAACUCCCUGAGGUAAACUCGUCUACAUUACGGCUCCAUUACACAGGCCAGAAUCCACGGCAACCAGCUCGGGCGAGAAACAACAACUGGAUGGGCAUUAUGAUGAUGGAACUAGCUGUACGAUACGUGUUAAUUUGUUUUUUAGUUCUAGCGUAUGUCAUACGUCGCGCAUGUCGUCAUUAUAGUAAGAUCACUAUAGUGAUGGGUUUGAUCCUCCUAGCAUUUCUAACCUUGUUAACUCUCUAUGUGACUGUCUACACAGUCAAACUUAUUGGCUCUGUGUCACAGCCCAUCUGCCAGGCCAUCGUAGAGUUCCUUGGCGGUUUGGUACUGUCGCCCCAGGUGGAAUUCUUCCAGUCCGAGUCAACAAAAAGCUUGCUACCUACCAGUGUCCGAAUCAGAGCCCUGACAGCAAACUUUUUUCUGAUAGUGAUUGUUGUACUGAUUUGUCGAUAUGUCUUCUUCAGACGUGUUAUGAUCCAACUCCGUCGAAACGUAUAGAUUAGAUGAUUUUUGUAUGAUGAGAGAAUUUACAAAUUUACAAACAUGAAAUAUUUUUUUGUUGUAUUUUGAAAGUUAUGUUUGUUUGCGAAUUUUGUUUGUCUUUCUCUCACAAAUCUCGAAUAAUGAUAUAAAUAUUGGCAUAUAUGUGCCCCCCCCCCUUCCACUCUUAAUAAAUUUCCCCACCAGAAACCAGGGAUGUUUGUCCUUCCGUCAACCCUUCCGCUAACUUGUCCAGGCUCUACCUAUACAAUGUCUGUCACUGUAUUGACUAUAAACUUGGGGUAGGAGUUCACCUUGGUGAGGCAAUGUGUUACGUGUCAAAAGUAAGUCACCCUGACCUACUUUUUGACCUUUGGCCAGAGUCCUAGACAAAUGUUGUUCAGGCUCUACCGCAUACAUUAUUAUCUGUCACUUAUAAUUCAUAUUUGGGGUGUGGGUUCACUUUUAUUUAUUACAAAUUCAUCAUCUGUGCAUUCUUGUCAUUUUAUUUCACACCUGGUGGGGGACUGUAGUUUGAUGGAUUAGUCUGGUUUAUUGAAGUUUUUGACAUUCCAUUUUUAAUCCCCCAAUAAAAAAUUUGAUGGAAUGUGUUUUGAUGAUGCAUGCAUUUGUCAAUUGUAAACUAUUUUGUUUGGAGAUUUUAAUUUUUAACACAUCCCUUCAAGUCUUUCAAAUAUUUUAAGAGAGUCAUCAUGCUUUCCAUACUACCUCAGUCCAAGAUAGUUUGUUUCACAUAUACACAAAGAACUUUAACCACAGUUUCCUCUGACCCCUACUCCGGACAUUAGACAUUUUGACAGAGGCCAGAGUUUCCUCUGACCCCUACACCAGAAAUUAGACAUUUUGAUAGACAGUUCUGAGUUCCCUCUGACCCCUACAUCAGACUUUAGAUAUUUUGACAGGCAGGUCUGGGUUUCUUGGGUCUGGGUUUCUUCUGACCCCUACACCAGACAUUAGAUAUUUUGACAGACAGGUCUGGGUUUCUUCUGACCCCUACACCAGACUUUAGAUAUUUUGACAGACAGGUCUAAGUUUCCUAUGACCCCUACACCAGACUUUAGAUACUUUGACAGACAGGUCUGGGUUUCUUCUGACCCCUACACCAGACAUUAGAUAUUUUGACAGACAGGUCUGGGUUUCUUCUGACCCCUACACCAGACAUUAGAUAUUUUGACAGACAGGUCUGGGUUUCUUCUGACCCCUACACCAGACUUUAGAUAUUUUGACAGACAGGUCUAAGUUUCCUAUGACCCCUACACCAGACAUUAGAUAUUUUGACAGGUCUGAGUUUCUUCUGACCCCUACACCAGACAUUAGAUAUUUUGACAGGUCUGGGUUUCUUCUGACCCCUACACCAGACAUUAGAUAUUUUGACAGACAGGUCUGGGUUUCUUCUGACCCCUACACCAGACAUUAGAUAUUUUGACAGACAGGUCUGAGUUUCUUCUGACCCCUACACCAGACUUUAGAUAUUUUGACAGACAGGUCUGAGUUUCCUAUGACCCCUACACCAGACUUUAGAUAUUUUGACGGGCAGGUCUGGGUUUCUUCUGACCCCAUCACCAUGCAGACAUUAGAUAUUUUGACAGACAGGUCUGGGUUUCUUCUGACCCCUACACCAGACAUUAGAUACUUUGACAGACAGGUCUGAGUUUCCUAUGACCCCUACACCAGACAUUAGAUACUUUGACAGACAGGUCUGGGUUUCUUCUGACCCCUACACCAGACAUUAGAUAUUUUGACAGACAGGUCUAAGUUUCCUAUGACCCCUACACCAGACAUUAGAUAUUUUGACAGACAGGUCUGGGUUUCUUCUGACCCCUACACCAGACUUUAGAUAUUUUGACAGACAGGUCUGGGUUUCCUAUGACCCCUACACCAGACAUUAGAUAUUUUGACAGACAGGUCUGAGUUCCUUCUGACCCCUACACCAGACUUUAGAUAUUUUGACAGACAGGUCUGAGUUUCCUAUGACCCCUACACCAGACAUUAGAUAUUUUGACAGACAGGUCUGAGUUCCUUCUGACCCCUACACCAGACAUUAGAUAUUUUGACAGACAGGUCUGGGUUUCUUCUGACCCCUACACCAGACUUUAGAUAUUUUGACAGACAGGUCUAAGUUUCCUAUGACCCCUACACCAGACAUUAGAUAUUUUGACAGACAGGUCUGGGUUUCUUCUGACCCCUACACCAGACUUUAGAUAUUUUGACAGACAGGUCUGGGUUUCCUAUGACCCCUACACCAGACAUUAGAUAUUUUGACAGACAGGUCUGGGUUUCUUCUGACCCCUACACCAGACAUUAGAUAUUUUGACAGACAGGUCUGAGUUCCUUCUGACCCCUACACCAGACUUUAGAUACUUUGACAGACAGGUCUGGGUUUCUUCUGACCCCUACACCAGACUUUAGAUAUUUUGACAGACAGGUCUGAGUUCCUUCUGACCCCUACACCAGACUUUAGAUACUUUGACAGACAGGUCUGGGUUUCUUCUGACCCCUACACCAGACUUUAGAUAUUUUGACAGACAGGUCUGGGUUUCCUAUGACCCCUACACCAGACUUUAGAUAUUUUGACAGACAGGUCUGAGUUUCCUAUGACCCCUACACCAGACAUUAGAUAUUUUGACAGGUCUGGGUUUCUUCUGACCCCUACACCAGACUUUAGAUAUUUUGACAGACAGGUCUGAGUUUCCUAUGACCCCUACACCAGACAUUAGAUAUUUUGACAGACAGGUCUGGGUUUCUUCUGACCCCUACACCAGACUUUAGAUAUUUUGACAGACAGGUCUGAGUUUCCUAUGACCCCUACACCAGACUUUAGAUAUUUUGACAGACAGGUCUGGGUUUCUUCUGACCCCUACACCAGACAUUAGAUAUUUUGACAGACAGGUCUGGGUUUCUUCUGACCCCUACACCAGACAUUAGAUAUUUUGACAGACAGGUCUGGGUUUCUUCUGACCCCUACACCAGACUUUAGAUAUUUUGACAGACAGGUCUAAGUUUCCUAUGACCCCUACACCAGACAUUAGAUAUUUUGACAGGUCUGAGUUUCUUCUGACCCCUACACCAGACAUUAGAUAUUUUGACAGGUCUGGGUUUCUUCUGACCCCUACACCAGACAUUAGAUAUUUUGACAGACAGGUCUGGGUUUCUUCUGACCCCUACACCAGACAUUAGAUAUUUUGACAGACAGGUCUGAGUUUCUUCUGACCCCUACACCAGACUUUAGAUAUUUUGACAGACAGGUCUGAGUUUCCUAUGACCCCUACACCAGACUUUAGAUAUUUUGACGGGCAGGUCUGGGUUUCUUCUGACCCCAUCACCAUGCAGACAUUAGAUAUUUUGACAGACAGGUCUGGGUUUCUUCUGACCCCUACACCAGACAUUAGAUACUUUGACAGACAGGUCUGAGUUUCCUAUGACCCCUACACCAGACAUUAGAUACUUUGACAGACAGGUCUGGGUUUCUUCUGACCCCUACACCAGACAUUAGAUAUUUUGACAGACAGGUCUAAGUUUCCUAUGACCCCUACACCAGACAUUAGAUAUUUUGACAGACAGGUCUGGGUUUCUUCUGACCCCUACACCAGACUUUAGAUAUUUUGACAGACAGGUCUGGGUUUCCUAUGACCCCUACACCAGACAUUAGAUAUUUUGACAGACAGGUCUGAGUUUCUUCUGACCCCUACACCAGACUUUAGAUAUUUUGACAGACAGGUCUGAGUUUCCUAUGACCCCUACACCAGACAUUAGAUAUUUUGACAGACAGGUCUGAGUUCCUUCUGACCCCUACACCAGACUUUAGAUAUUUUGACAGACAGGUCUGAGUUUCCUAUGACCCCUACACCAGACAUUAGAUAUUUUGACAGACAGGUCUGGGUUUCUUCUGACCCCUACACCAGACUUUAGAUAUUUUGACAGACAGGUCUAAGUUUCCUAUGACCCCUACACCAGACAUUAGAUAUUUUGACAGACAGGUCUGGGUUUCUUCUGACCCCUACACCAGACUUUAGAUAUUUUGACAGACAGGUCUGGGUUUCCUAUGACCCCUACACCAGACAUUAGAUAUUUUGACAGACAGGUCUGGGUUUCUUCUGACCCCUACACCAGACAUUAGAUAUUUUGACAGACAGGUCUGAGUUCCUUCUGACCCCUACACCAGACUUUAGAUACUUUGACAGACAGGUCUGGGUUUCUUCUGACCCCUACACCAGACUUUAGAUAUUUUGACAGACAGGUCUGAGUUCCUUCUGACCCCUACACCAGACUUUAGAUACUUUGACAGACAGGUCUGGGUUUCUUCUGACCCCUACACCAGACUUUAGAUAUUUUGACAGACAGGUCUGGGUUUCCUAUGACCCCUACACCAGACUUUAGAUAUUUUGACAGACAGGUCUGAGUUUCCUAUGACCCCUACACCAGACUUUAGAUACUUUGACAGACAGGUCUAAGUUUCCUAUGACCCCUACACCAGACUUUAGAUAUUUUGACAGACAGGUCUAAGUUUCCUCUGACCCCUACACCAGACUUUAGAUAUUUUGACAGACAGGUCUGAGUUUCCUAUGACCCCUACACCAGACUUUAGAUAUUUUGACAGACAGGUCUGGGUUUCUUCUGACCCCUACACCAGAUGUUAGAUAUUUUGACAGACAGGUCUAAGUUUCCUCUGACCCCUACACCAGACUUUAGAUAUUUUGACAGACAGGUCUAAGUUUCCUCUGACCCCUACACCAGACUUUAGAUAUUUUGACAGACAGGUCUAAGUUUCCUCUGACCCCUACACCAGACUUUAGAUAUUUUGACAGACAGGUCUGAGUUUCCUAUGACCCCUACACCAGACUUUAGAUAUUUUGACAGACAGGUCUGGGUUUCUUCUGACCCCUACACCAGACUUUAGAUAUUUUGACAGACAGGUCUGGGUUUCUUCUGACCCCUACACCAGAUGUUAGAUAUUUUGACAGACAGGUCUGGGUUUCUUCUGACCCCUACACCAGACAUUAGAUAUUUUGACAGACAGGUCUGUGUUUCUUCUGACCCCUACACCAGACAUUAGAUAUUUUGACAGACAGGUCUGAGUUUCCUAUGACCCCUACACCAGACAUUAGAUAUUUUGACAGACAGGUCUGGGUUUCUUCUGACCCCUACACCAGACUUUAGAUAUUUUGACAGACAGGUCUGGGUUUCCUAUGACCCCUACACCAGACAUUAGAUAUUUUGACAGACAGGUCUGAGUUCCUUCUGACCCCUACACCAGACUUUAGAUACUUUGACAGACAGGUCUGGGUUUCUUCUGACCCCUACACCAGACUUUAGAUAUUUUGACAGACAGGUCUGGGUUUCCUAUGACCCCUACACCAGACAUUAGAUAUUUUGACAGACAGGUCUGGGUUUCUUCUGACCCCUACACCAGACUUUAGAUAUUUUGACAGACAGGUCUGGGUUUCCUCUGACCCCUACACCAGACAUUAGAUAUUUUGACAGACAGGUCUGAGUUUCCUAUGACCCCUACACCAGACUUUAGAUAUUUUGACAGGUCUGGGUUUCCUCUGACCCCUACAUCAUAUUUUUUGACAGACAGGUGAGAAAUUUCUAUGACACCUACACCAGACAUUUGACCGACAGAAGAAACUUGAGCUAACAACUUGAUCAUGAUCUACAAUGUAUUUACAGUUACCUGUAUUUCACAAUCGCCUUGCAUUAUAUCCCUACAUAUUUGUGUGGCAGUCAAUAUACACUGGACUUGAUAUUGAUGUUUGGUGCUCAACACACUGUGAUGUUAUUUAUUCUAAUAAAAACUUUUACAGAAGUCAA